AUGGCCGGCAUUGGCUCAACAUGCACCUGUAAGACGUGCUACGAAGGAUGGCUCUCACCACGGAUGAGGGAGCGACUGGAAUGCUCCACCGAGUUCCGCUACGAGCUCUCGCUGUCGCUCCUGCGCACUCAAGACGACGUCCAGUCUGACCUGCCCAGCGGCCUCGACAUCGACAACGUGACCGUCCACCGCGACGCCGCCUACCUCCCCCCACCCGUGCGCGCGAAGCUCGCCGCGCCCGGCGGCGACGCCAUCUACCGCGGCUACGUCGCCGUCUUCAAGACCAUCUUCGACCUCAUCCGCGACGAAGACGGCAAGCACGCGGCGGGGUUCCCCACCGUCGCGGACGUCGACGCCGACAUCGCGGCCCCCGCUCGCCCCGCAAGCGCACCGAUCGACCCCGUGCACCUCGCGGCGUACCGCGAGGCGGGGGGCAGCGCGCUCCCCGCGCUGGACUGCAUCGUCGACCGCGCGCUGGAGGAGCUCUCGCCGCUCGGGCGCGAGUACAGCGUGGAGAGCGAGUACAUCGAUCAGGUGCUCGGCGGCGCGGACGUGGGCGCGGAGUGUGCGAACGACCUCAACUUUGCGCUCGUGCGGGAGAAGCUCGGGCUGCCGCGGGAGACGGCGGGACCGCAGUUUUGGAAGGGGAUGGACGCGAGGGAUCCCGAGUCGGACGAUGAGAAGGACGGGUAG